AUAUACUGAUACCCAGAAUACAUCAGUUGUAGCGGGAAGUGAUGUUGUUUUGGAGUGUACGGGUAGCGCAUCAGGGUUGUUCACCUGGUACAUAGGUAGUAGCAGAGAGUAUGUUGCGGAUUUUCAAGGAAACUCUGGACCAUGCGGUUUUCGCCUCGGAGAAUCACUUCUGCCAGGCCUGACACUGGGAAACACGGACUGCAGUAAACAUGCUCUCAAAAUCUCCAACAUCAGCAACGUGCACGAUGGAAUUUGGAGUUGCACAUCAAAUGAGUACUCAACCAAGAGCAUCCAUGUCCAUGUUGUGGCGCCACCGGCAGAACAAACAACUUUAAAAACAACGAGUCUGACAUCGUCAACAAGGGCAAAAGUGGCAUCAACAUCAACAGCUCAAGCCACGACUACGUCCAGUGUCCCCGGACAAACAACUGAAGUAACAACGACUACGUCAUCGUCAACAAGGGCAAAAGUGGCAUCAACAUCAACAGCUCAAACCACGACUACGUCCAGUGUCCCCGGAUCUACUCACUCAACAAAUAAACCUACAACCUCUGUAACGGUUAGAAGCAGUCCUGGGUACAAGAUUCAAAGCAGAACCAAAGACUCUACAAAUCCCCAAACACCCCCCGUAAACUCCAUGCUUCCCCUGCUUGGCGGAACCAUUGGCGGCGCUCUGUUUCUACUUGCUGCCGUCAUCGCCGUCUGCUGCUUACUCCGAUCAAGGAAACAGAGGCACACCGAUGGCUCUGCUGUGCGGCCUAGCAAAGGUCAUUACAGAAAUCAAGAUCCGGAACAGGGAGAAGAUGCGGUGAUGGAGGGUAACCCCCUCUACAGCAGCUACGAUGGGGGCGUGGAUUAUGCCCAUAUAGGUGGGGCCAGACAGACAGCCAGCACUAAGGACCCCCAGGCGUCCCCUGGUACAUCUCAUGAGGUUGCAGACAUAUACGCCAUCCCGGAUAAACAGCGUCCAUCAACACUGAAUGACCCCCAGGCGUCCCCUGGUACAUCUCAGGAGGUUGCAGACAUAUACGCCAUCCCGGAUAAACAGCGUCCAUCAACACUGAAUGACCCCCAGGCGUCCCCUGGUACAUCUCAGGAGGUUGCAGACAUAUACGCCAUCCCGGAUAAACAGCGUUCAUCAACACUGAAUGAUUACCAUUGUUUCUUGAAGCGGAGGCCGUUGCCUGUGAUGUGUACAGCGUCGUACAGAAACAACCCAAGUCGGAAGGCCAGGGAAUGUCACACCAACCGACGGACAAAGAUGCGGAGGCCGUUGCCUGUGAUGUGUACAGCGUCGUACAGAAACAACCCAAGUCGGAAGGCCGGGGAAUGUCACACCAGCCGACGGACAAAGAUGAUGGGGCUGCUGAAUGUGAUGUGUACAGCGUGGUACAGAAACAGCCCCAGUGAGAGGGUCGGGCAGUGUCAGUCCACUCGACAGACAAGGGAGGUGAGGUGUCUGAGCUGUACAGCUAGGUGUAGAAGCCACAAGAUCAUGGGUAGUAAGACAAGAUCAAGACUGUGAAGUGGACUGUGAAGUGGACUGUGGGGUUGACUGUGAAGUGGAAUGUGGGGUGGACUGGGGGGUGGACUGUGAAGUGGACUGUGAAGUGGACUCCGGGGUGGACUUUGAGGUGGACUGUGAGGUGGACAGUGUGGUGCAGCUUCUCUUUUGUGAAUUAUUUUCUUUUUUAUCUUUUUAUGAUAAUUACCAAUUUAUUGUUAUUCUGCACAGAUAAUUCAGGUCCAACGGGGCACAGUUUAGUAGAAACAAUGCUGAGAAAGAACAUGCCACAAGACAAACCAGGAGCAGAUGAGUUGGACCUGUAGCUAUCUACCGUUAGACAACAUAUUCAGUGUACAGCUAUUCUAUUCUUCUAAACCAAACAGAUGAUAAAUAACACGGAUCGGAUGUUUGUCACACCCAAUUUAUCUAUUGCAACGUGUUGUCACAUAGCCUCUGAAGUAAAUUAUUAUGGCUUUCUGCAGUUUGUAUUCUGUGUGCUAUGACAAUUUAUCAUCCAAUAAUGGCUUCCACAGGAAAUAUUGCUUGAGUAUGUGUUAUGAGAUAUCGUUACAAUGGAACUGCAUCACAAUGCUUUGCAUACCAUUGUGACGUCAUCGGUACAAUGCCUUCACUAAUCUACCACAGAAGCUGGUUAGCUGUAGUUUAUACACUCAAGACACUGGUUAGUACUGUUUGCAUUGGCAAAAGGCUAGAAGAUUGAUUCAGGAUGAUAAGAAUAAUCUCACCCGCGUGUCUUUUGAUAUCAAAUAUAUCAA